ACUCGUUCCUAAUGCGCAAAAUUCACCCGAUGUUCGGAUUUCAGCUCCUGAGUUUGAUUUUUAUCACCGGCCAAGUGUCGUGCGGUGGUAACAUACCUUCAAAAGGAAGCGAUUCUGAAGCUUAUGUCAGUGCGCCUUGGAAGAUUGUCAACAGUUCAAUCUGGCGGGCUCCUUCCGCCAGAGAAGAUGGACCCCUCUGCGAAGCCUCGCUCGUGAAAGCGGGUUCCCAGGAAGCUCACUUCUCCUGCCAUAAAGCCUGUAAGGCCAUCGCGGACCGAGCCGACAUCAUCCGGCUCCAUUACUCGGAGCAAAGCGCUUUGGCUAGACGCACCGUCGAUCAGUGCUCCGGCUUCACAGAUGGCCGGUGUUUCAACGUCACAAACUGGAGGAGGAUGAGCCUCACCGCCUGUUGGUGCAGAAAGGGGAAGGAAUGGCGCCCUGCCCUCGCCUGUCGCACGGGCAUGAACUUCGGGCGAAACCUCGAAAACGCCAAGAUUAUGGCCGGCAAUGUCUGGGACGUCAACAUCAAGCCGGCUCUGCCACCGCUCCCCAAGCGGUUACUACGGGCGUGGUCCAGCCAGAACCAGAGGCUUCAGCCGAGGGAGUGAAGAAGAAUGGCACUGCUGGGAAUUUACUGCCGUGCUAUA